CUGGACAUUGUCUCAGAAACUGAAUUUUAAUUCUGAAAAUCGGUCAGAAAAAGAUACGAUGCGCUGCCUGUUUCACCUAAAAAAAUUGAACGAUUUAUCGAUUGCAGCCCAAUUCCAGGCUUCACGUUCACAUCUGCACUGACCUGCAAGAGUUGGCCUACUUUAUUGGCCAAUAAAUCGGGGAAAAUAUAUAAGAUAGCAUAAUUUCACAUGUGGAAGUGACUUGAGCCGCACUUUCAACGGUCAAUUAGCGGUGGCCACAUAGUAAAACUGCAUUAACCAAAUAAUUGCGUAUUCUGCCAUUCCGACUGAUAUCAUCUAGCAGAUUAUUUUCACUCGACUAAAGAUCUGCUCAUAAACCAUAUCUAACUAAUCUAAUGCGUAAAAACCGGGCAACAUAUUAUUGAAGAGAAGUAAACCAUGACUGCGGUAAAAGUAAUUAACAAAAAUUUUAAUUUACAAAUUCUGGACUGGAGCGAUUUAUGGCUCAAGUAACGGUCAAGAAAUCAGUGAACGUUUCGCAUAAAAUUAACCAACAUGCUCCACUCGUUUAUCAACCGGGAUUAGUUCAAGUGUGCGUACCUACCUGUUCUUACGGUCAGUUUUUUCGUUGUUUAAAAAAAAUGAGCGCGGACGAAGAGUUAUCUGCCCUAGUGGUUGAUAACGGAUCUGGUAUGUGCAAAGCGGGAUUUGCAGGUGACGACGCUCCAAGAGCCGUUUUUCCCAGUGUGGUUGGCAGGCCUCGAUAUCAAGGAGUGAUGGUGGGAAUGGGCCAGAAAGACUCCUACGUGGGGGACGAGGCCCAAACCAAGCGCGGAGUGCUGACAGUGAAAUACCCGAUCGAGCAUGGGAUAGUCAACAAUUGGGACGACAUGGAAAAGAUUUGGCACCACACCUUCUACAAUGAACUGCGGGUGUCGCCCGAGGAGCAUCCAGUGCUCCUGACCGAGGCCCCAUUGAACCCGAAAACCAACCGCGAAAAAAUGACGCAAAUUAUGUUCGAAACGUUCAACUCGCCGGCCAUGUAUGUGGCUAUUCAGGCCGUUCUUUCGCUCUAUGCUUCCGGAAGAACUACCGGCAUUGUCAUGGAUUCUGGCGACGGCGUGUCCCAUACUGUCCCAAUCUAUGAAGGUUAUGCCUUGCCGCAUGCUAUUCUACGCCUAGAUCUAGCAGGACGCGACAUGACCGACUAUCUGAUGAAAAUUUUGACCGAACGAGGCUACAGUUUCGGAACAACAGCCGAAAGGGAGAUCAUCAGGGACUUGAAGGAGAAGAUUUGCUUUGUGUCGCUGGACUUUGAGAAGGAUCUGGCCGUUGCGAGCGUGUCCAGUUGUUUCGAAAAGUCCUACGAACUGCCCGACGGCCAAAUUAUUACACUGGGAAAUGAACGGUUCCGAUGUCCAGAAUCCAUGUUUCAGCCUUCAUUACUGGGUAUGGAAACUCCAGGAAUAGCAGAAACGACUUUCAAUUCCAUCAUGAAGUCAGAUAUGGACAUUCGUAAAGAUUUGUACGCCAACACGGUGCUUUCAGGAGGAAGUACGAUGUUUCCAGGAAUAGCUGAUCGAAUCCAAAAGGAAAUCGCAGCCUUGGCACCUGCGUCUAUGAAAAUCAAAAUAAUUGCACCUCCAGAAAGAAAAUACUCUGUUUGGAUUGGAGGCAGCAUUCUGGCCAGUCUCAGCACGUUCCAGCAAAUGUGGAUCAGCAGACAGGAGUACGACGAGUCCGGGCCAUCGAUUGUGCACCGAAAAUGUUUCUGAUCUAAAACCACCUUCAGCCUGGAGGGUUUUAAAAAACGCAAUACGUUUGUAAUCAAAUAAAUUCACUAUAUUUCUCUAAAA